CAGACAGCAGCCCACAACAGUCGUCAUCUCCUCAUUAAGCUGCACAACCACACCACAUCAGGGGUUUGGAUGACGCUGACUUUACACCCAAACAGGUUUCUCUCUAAGAUGCAAAAGUGCGCCAAAAGAGUGAUGGUUUAAGGAGAAGACACAUGAAUACAAGGAAGGGCGUGGACCUGUCUUAAUGGCAGAAGGAAGGAUGAUGCUACAGUGACAAGAAAGAAGAAAAUGACUCUGAACACAACUGUAACAUGGGAGGGGUCCACAACCAGCUCAUCCUCAUCCUGUAAUGACAGUUUAACCGACUUUAAUCGCAGCCUAGAAACUGCGUACACCUACUUCUACCUGCUGCUUUUCAUCCCAGGACUUCUGCUCAACACAAUUGCUCUCUGGGUCCUCUGCAGACACAUCAGCAAGAAGACCAAGGCAGUGAUCUUCAUGAUAAAUUUGGCUUUGGCAGACCUGGCCCACAUCCUUUCUCUGCCCCUCAGGAUCUAUUAUUACUUCACCCACAAGUGGCCUUUUGGACAAAGCAUAUGCUUGAUCUGCUUCUACCUUAAAUACUUAAACAUGUACGCCGCCAUAAUGUUCCUGGUGUGCAUCAGCGUGCAGAGGUGUGUCUUCCUGCUGAAACCAUUCUCGGCCCGUCAGUGGAGGCGCCGGUACGACCUCCUCAUCAGUAUAACUGUGUGGGUGGUGGUUGGUCUGGCUUGCUCUCCUUUUAUUAUGAUGCGAAACAGCAAUGCAAGUUCACCAACAGUCACCAGUAUGCCCUACCUUCCGGAUGUUAAGCCCACACAACAAUCCUUAGGCAUCACCAAGCCUUUCAUACAACUGUUGAGUACAGCUUCCAUCAAAGAGGAACCGGACUCCAGUCCUGGUUCAAGCAAUAACAGCUGCUUUAAAGACUUGCCCAUCCGUAAAGUGUCCCUCUCUAUGUUGAUCAUAAUGAUGAUUCUGAAUGAGUUGUUUGGAUUUUUGAUUCCUCUAGCCUGCAUCAGUAUCAGCUCCUUCUGCAUCGCCAGGUCCCUCAAGCAAAGCCAGACCCAGAAUAAUGGGAACUCAGCAUCACUUGGCUCAUCAACUCGCAGUCGACUCCAGUCAGUGACCUCCAACAGCCAACCAGAUAAAAACCACGAAAAGCACAUGAGCAGCGAGAAGCAGCGCGCUCUGCGAAUGGUGUUGAGUUGCUCUGCUCUGUUUCUUUUCUGCUUCGCCCCGUACCACAUCAACUUCCUGUUCUACACGAUGGUAUCACAGAACUACAUGUCCCACUGUGCAACCAGGCUGGCUGUGAAACAGUUUCACCCGGUGUCUCUUUGCAUGGCAAGCCUGAGCUGCUGCCUCAAUCCUCUUCUUUAUUACUUUCUAACAGCUGAAUUCAGAAUGCAUCUCAGCAUGCGCACCACCUCCUUCUCAUCAUCACUGCUCUCCUCCCCUGUCAUCUCCCCAACUGAGUGUCCUACACGGAGCAGAAUACUGAGGAUGGAGAGUACCUGCUCAGACAGGGAGUAGCGUUAUUUAGAGGGGAAGGUGAUUUUACAUCUGGAAGUGACAAAGAUGAACAUAAUGGAUAAGAAUCAAUGGAAGAGACACAAGCUGAACAGUGUUAUUUCACUUAUUAAAGAUUGCUGAAUCCAAAACUGGCUCAAAAGCUUUAACCAGACUGAAGCACCUGUAUCCAGAAGCAAGGGGUACAUAACUUUAAAAAGAUAGUAGACAAGUUUGGGCCUAAUGGGAGCUACUUUUGGUACUUAUGGUUUAAUGAAGCCUUUGGCACAUGAUUGGAGCAAAUAUUUUUAGUUAUUUGGGUAUAAUGUUCUGAGUUGUUUCUCUUUAAUUAUGCAUAUCUCCUGUGUACAAUCUAGGCAAACCACUCCAAAUAAGCUAUUUAUUUAGAAAGCACCACAGUUUAUAUCAUGGAUGUAAAUAAAAACUGUGCUUAUUGUUG